ACCCUUGGUGUGUGAGUUACUUUGAGGCAGAGUUAAGCAGGAAUGUCAAGCUGCUGGUGAGGUUAAUUCAGGCUACAGUAUCAUCCUCUCCAUCCUCUCUCCAAAUGAGGGCAGCAUCCCUCCCUCUCUCCUCAGCAUCAGCAUCCUUCCACCGCAUUAGCUGCUGCUGUCGGCUAAACUGGGACUAAACUCCACCCUGAACUCGACCAACCUGGCUGUCAGCUUUGCAGGGUAUAUGCAAAAUGCCCAGUGUCACGGUGAAGGAUGUCAACCAGCAGGAGUUUGUGAGGGCUCUGUCAGCUUUCCUCAAAAAAUCUGGCAAACUGAAAGUCCCAGAAUGGGUUGACACUGUGAAGCUCGCCAGGCACAAGGAGCUGGCUCCCUGCGAUGACAACUGGUUUUACACCAGAGCAGCAUCCACAGCUCGUCACCUGUACCUGCGAGGAGGGGUCGGCGUGGGCUCCAUGAUCAAGAUCUACGGAGGGCGUCAGAGGAACGGCGUGUGCCCCGCCCACUUCAGCGUAGGCUCCAGGAAUGUGGCGAGGAAGGUCCUCCAGGCUCUGGAGGGCCUCAAGAUGGUGGAGAAGGACCCAAAUGGUGGACGGAGACUUACCUCUCAGGGCCAGAGAGAUCUGGAUAGGAUCGCUGGUCAGGUUGCCUCAGCAAACAAGAAACAGCGAAGUUUACAAAGCGCCAUCUGAGGAAUGCAUGCAAAGAAUCCAGACAAGUGAAAUGCAGUUAUGGCUUAUACUGCUUAUUUACUCAAGUUUGCUUGUCUCCCAUAUCACUCAAGUGCCCACAGUAACCGAGUACAAAAGGCAUUUCACAGAGAUGCAUGCGUCUAUAGUACAAUAAGUACAAUUAAAUAUUAUACGUGGAUGUUUUGCAAAAAGUUUUAGGUUUAUUUUUGUUCCUUUAUUCAUUAUGGAUUUCAAGACAGCAGUGGCCUUGUGACAGCACAGAAUGGAUGCAGAAAAAAUACAGUAUUACCAAGCAAAGCAUGUUAAUAUUGUUUUAACAACAACUGUGAAACUCAAUGUAGAAAAAAACAAAUUCAGUGAAUGCUGAUGUAUAUUUUUAUUCAUUUCUUCAAUUCUCCAGAAUAUUAUGCCUGAACAUGUGAUUCACAAGAUGUAUAUGAAUGAAACAAAUAAACUUCCAAAUAAACAGAGUAUGCACACUGA